CGCGGCGGUUUGACCUCGGGCCAUCUGGGGUUCGCUAGUUUCCUGCGUGGUGUGUCUGGGGUUCCACGCUUGGGGUCCGGCAGAGGGUCCGAAGUUUCCGAACGCAGCGGAGAGCGCGGCGUGCGCCGUCGUCGGGAACUAGAGAUGUUGCAAAGAAAGCAGAAUGGGGACCUUAACCAUUGACUUGUGUUUGGGAGAGUCUUCUUAUUUAAGCAGAAGCAAAUUUGUGGAAACAAAAGAGGAAAGAGGAUAGAAACAUUUUCUCUACUAAGAUUCCAUAGCGUCUCAUUUAAUUUCCUGCCAGUUUCUUCCAAUAAGGAAAUGGAGUCUAGUUCCUUAGACUACUAUAAUAAAGACAAUGAAGAAGAAAGUUUACUGGCAAAUGUUGCUUCCUUAAGACGUGAACUGAAGAUAACAGAAUGGAGUUUGCGGAGUUUAGGGGAAGAGUUAUCUAGUGUUAGCCCACGUGAAAAUUCUGGUUAUGCCUCUAAUCUCUCAAGGUCUGAAAGGCUCGUUCUGGAAGAUCUUUCUCAGCCUAGCCAGCUUGGACUUUUGAAUUACUCACCUUAUAAAAAAGUUUGUAAAAUGCCCAAUAGUGGUACUGAUUUUCAAAAAAAGCCAAGAGAUAAGAUGUCUUUUUCAUCUUCUACCCCUGUGGAUCAGGAAAUCAAAAGUCUUCGAGAGAAACUUAAUAAUCUUAGGCAACAGAAUGCUUGUUUGGUCUCACAGAAUCAUUCUUUAAUGACUAAAAUAGAGUCUGUCCACUUUGAAUUGACACAGUCAAGAGCAAAAGUUUCUAUGCUUGAAUCUGCUCAACAACAGGCAGCCAUUGUACCAAUCUUAGAAGAACAGAUUAUAAAUUUGGAAGCAGAAGUUUCAGCCCAAGAUAAAGUUUUGAGAGAGGCAGAAGAUAAAUUACAGCAGAGUCAGAAAAUGGUGACUGAAAAGGAACAGAGUUUGCAGAAGUCCCAAGAGGAAUGUAUAAAGCUGAAGGUAGACUUAUUUGAACAAAGUAAACAAGGAAAGAGAGCUGAACAACAAAGGAAUGAAGCACUAUAUAAUGCUGAAGAGCUAAGUAAAGCUUUCCAACAUUAUGAAGAAAAGAUGGCUGAAAAACUGGAAAAGGUUCAAGCUGAAGAAGCAAUAUUAGAGAAAAAUCUGAUUAACUGUGAAAAAGAAAAUAAAAGGCUACAGGAAGAGUGUGGUCUAUAUAAAAGUGAACUUGAAAUUCUGAAGGAGAAAUUAAGGCAGUUAAAAGAAGAAAAUAAUAAUGGAAAAGAAAAAUUAAGGAUCAUGGCAGUGAAAAAUUCAGAAGUCAUGGCACAACUAACUGAAUCUAGACAAAGUAUUCUUAAGCUAGAGAGUGAGUUAGAGGAUAAAGACGAAAUACUUAGAGAAAAAUUUUCUCUGAUGAAUGAAAACCGAGAAUUAAAAGUUCGUAUUGCAACACAGAAUGAGAGACUGGAUUUGUGUCAGCAAGAAAUAGAAAGUUCAAGGGUGGAACUGAGAAGUUUGGAAAAAAUUAUGUCCCAGUUGCCAUUAAAAAGAGAAAUGUUUGGUUUUAAAUCAUCUCUGUCUAAGCACCAGAUGAGUAUUUUGUCAAACAAGGAAGACAGUUACAUUGGCUGCUGUGAGACAAAUAAAAUGGUGAUUUUGGAAUUGAGGAUUAAGCUUGCAAUGAAAGAGGCAGAAAUUCAAAAGCUUCAGGCAAACCUGACUGCUAAUCAAUUAUCUCACAAUCUUAUUGCUUCUAAUGACAACCAAGAAAGUGGCAAAUUAAAUAGUUUAGAAACAGAACCUGUAAAACUAGGAGGUAAUCAAGUAGAACGUAUAAAAGAUCAAAAUCAACAUACUGUGAACAAGCAAUAUGAAAGAGAAAGGCAAAGACUUGCUUCUGGAAUAGAAGAAUUGCGUGAUAAGUUGAUGCAGAUAGAAGCUGAGAAUUCUGAUUUGAAGGUUAACAUGGCCCACAGAACUAGUCAGUUUCAGCUGAUUCAAGAGGAGCUGCUAGAGAAAGCUUCAAACUCUAGCAAACUUGAAAGUGAAAUGACAAAGAAAUGUUCUCAACUUUUAACUCUAGAGAAACAGCUAGAAGAAAAAAUUGUUGCUUAUUCCUCUAUUGCUGCAAAAAAUGCGGAACUAGAACAGGAACUUAUGGAAAAGAAUGAAAAGGUUAGAAGUCUAGAAACCAAUAUCAAUACAGAGCAUGAGAAAAUUUGUUUAGCUUUUGAAAAGGCAAAGAAAAUUCAUCUUGACCAGCAUAAAGAAAUGGAAAAGCAGAUUGAAAGACUUGAAUCUCAACUAGAGAAAAAAGAACAACAAUUUAAAGAACAAGAAAAGACAAUAUCCAUGUUGCAGCAAGAUAUAAUAUGUAAACAACAUCACCUUGAAUCACUAGACAGACUCUUGACGGAAAGCAAAGGGGAAAUGGAAAAGGAAAAUAUGAAGAAAGAUGAAGCUUUGAAAACAUUACAGAACCAGGUAUCUGAAGAAACAAUCAAGGUCAGACAACUAGAUUCAGCAUUGGAAAUUUGUAAGGAAGAACUUGCUUUGCAUUUGAACCAAUUGGAAGGAAAUAAAGAAAAGUUUGAAAAACAGCUAAAGAAGAAAUCUGAAGAAGUAUAUUGUUUACAGAAAGAGCUGAAGAUUAAAAAUCACAGUCUUCAAGAGACUACUGAGCAAAAUGUUAUUCUGCAGCAUACUCUUCAACAACAGCAGCAAAUGUUACAACAAGAGACAUUUAGAAAUGGAGAGCUAGAAGACAUUCAAACUAAACUUGAAAAACAGGUAUCAAAACUUGAACAAGAGCUUCAGAAACAAAGGGAAAGUUCAGCUGAAAAGUUGAGAAAAAUGGAGGAAAAAUGUGAAGCAGCCACAUAUGAAGCAGAUUUAAAAAGGCAAAAAGUUAUUGAACUUACUGGUACUGCCAGGCAAGUAAAACUUGAGAUGGAUCACUACAGAGAAGAACUGUAUAAAAUGGAAAAAGAAAUAAAGCACCUAAAACGAGAUGGAGAAAAUAAAGCAAUGCAUCUCUCUCAGUUAGACAUGAUAUUAGAACAGACAAAAACAGAACUAGAUAAGAAAACAAACUCUGUGAAGGAGUUAGAAAAGUUACAGCACCACACUGAAACUGAACUAACAGAAGCCUUGCAGAAACGGGAAGUACUAGAGACUGAACUACAAAAUGCUCAUGGAGAAUUAAAGAGUACUUUAAGACAACUCCAGGAAUUGAGAGAUGUUCUACAGAAGGCUCAGUUAUCAUUAGAGGAAAAAUACACUGCUAUAACGGAUCUCACAGCUGAACUUAGAGAAUGCAAGAUGGAGAUUGAAGACAAAAAGCAAGAACUCCUUGAAAUGGAUCAGGCACUUAAGGAGAGAAAUUGGGAGCUAAAGCAAAGAGCAGCUCAAGUUACACAUUUGGAUAUGACUAUUCGUGAGUACAGGGGAGAAAUGGAACAGAAAAUAAUUAAAUUAGAGGGUACUCUGGAGAAAUCAGAAUUGGAACUUAAAGAAAGCAACAAACAGAUAGAAGGUUUGAAUGAAAAAUUGCAAAAUGCCAAAGAACAACUUCGAGAAAAAGAGUUUAUAACACUACAAAAUGAACAGGAGAUAAGUCAACUGAAAAAAGAAACUGAACGGACACAAGAAAAGAUGAAAGAAAUGGAAAUUGUUAUGAAAGAGCAGGAACAGUACAUUGCAACUCAGUACAAGGAGGCCAUAGAUUUGGAGCAAGAAUUGAGGCUAUCUCGGGAGCAUUUGCAGAACUCUCAUACAGAAUUGGUGGAGGCUCAUCGUCAACAAGUGCAAGCACAGAGAGAAGUAGAAAGGCUGUCAAGUGAACUGGAGGAAAUAAAGCAACUCUCUAAAGAGAAAGAAGCUCAUGGAAAACAUUUAGCUGAAGAGUUGGGGGCUUCUCAAGUACGUGAAGCUCAGUUAGAAGUAAGAAUGCAAGCAGAAAUCAAGAAAUUGUCAGCAGAAGUAGAAUCUGUCAAAGAAGCUUAUCAUCUAGAGAUGAUUUCACAUCAGGAGAAGCAUGCAAAGUGGAAGAUUACUGCUGAUUCUCAAAAGACUUCUGUUCAGCAACUAAAUGAACAGUUAGAGAAAACAAAACUAGAAUUAAAAGAAGCUCAGGACACUAUAAGCAAUUUGCAUCAGCAAGUCCAAGACAGGAAUAAAGUAAUUGAAGCUAUAAACGAAGCAUUACUUAUUAAAGAAUCAGAAUUAACCAGAUUGCAAGCCAAAAUUUCUGGACAUGAAAGGGCAGAAGACAUCAAGUUUCUACCAGCCCCAUUUACAUCUCCAGUAGAAAUUGAGCCUGAUAUUCAAGAUUCAAAAUUUGCUAAGCAUUCUCACACAGCUUUCUUCAAGUGUAGAAAACUACGUCGCUCUAUUAGUGCCAGUGACCUUAGUUUCAGAACUCGUAGUGAUGAAGAUCUUUCUGAAGAAUUACUGCAGGACUUAAAAAAAAUGCAAUUGAAACAACCUUCAACAUUAGAAGAAAGCCAGAAGGAUCUGACUUAUACCCAGUCAGACUCAUUUAAACCUCUCCCAUAUGACCUAGAAGAUGAUAGUUCUGAGAAUAAUGACUUCAGUACACUUAGUGGAAUGCUAAAAUAUAUAAACAAAGAAGUGAGACUAUUAAAAAAAUCUUCUAUGCAAACAGGUGCUGGUUCAACUCAGGUAUGUAUUUCAUACAUUAGAAGUUAUAAUAAUUUGUCUCCAAUUAGUAUCAUUUUAUUUUCUGUAAGAAAGAAACCCAUACGUUUAAAUGAAGCACUCAUGCCAUUAGGUGAUGUACACAAAUAUUGAAAGUAUGAAAAACUUCAUUGUGAGUUUAGAAUGCUUUUACCCUAGAUAAGUAGAGUUGAAAAUUAAGCUUUGAAAAUUACCUUUUGUUAAAGUAGCCUAUAUAUUUGAUUAAAUAUAAUCCCUAUAUUUGACUGAAGACUAAUUCUACCUCAUACUGGGAAAGUAUUUUGAACUCCAGAGUAUUAGAGAAUGUUUUUUGGAGUUCCAAAAUUAGUUGUGUUCCUAGACUUCCUGGAAACCAUUCUAGUAAAGAUUAUUAAGGUAGUCUUUGUUUUGGUCAUAGAAUUUCCAUAGUGGCUCAGAAUAUCUCAUUCACAUGAUUUUUCUGCUCCCAUUAUUCCUGAGCAUAUCAUACUGAAGAGGCAACUUUGUCCCUGCUACACAUACCUUACAGACACUCGACAUUGUUUAUAAGCAGUUAAUCUAUAGUUUGCACAGAGAAAUAAAGAA